CCGCCAAUCUGAUUGGCGGAGAGCAGCUUCGACAACAACAAAAGAUCGAAGCUACUGAGCUCGAUUAGCUUCCCGUCCGUUCUCACUUUGAUCUCUGCAACUAGUAGCGCUCCUCCUGGCUUCGCUCAAUUUAGACACGUUUAAUUGCGAUAGACGACCUCUUGUAGUUAUUGUUUGUGUCUUUGUCUUCGCUAAUGUCAUCGUGAAACGUUUCUGCCCGUGUUGGCCAAGCUGAAUCGCGUUAGCCACUACGGCUAACCAGCUCCGGCUGCGAAGCCAGUUAGCUUAGCCUGCUAACUAGCCCCUUUAAAAAACUUGAUACUGACCGACACAAGUGCUCUGGCUUGUUGUUGACAAGCCAUUUAAGACCAAAACUUGUGUCGAGGCCAUGUCUGGACAGUCGUCGGGCUGCGGGUUUCUCAUGUCGGUGGUUGUUCACGGAGACUCGACUCUGAACGAGCAGGAGAAGGAGCUCAACCAGCGGCUCCGGCGGGCUCUAUCCGCCGUUAACGAGAACGAAACGCCCCUUCCUCGCUCCUGGAGCCCGAAGGACAGUAUUAGCUACAUCGGCCUGUCUCAGAACAAUCUCCGUGUGCACUAUAAAGGUCAUGGGAAAACCCCUAAAGAUGCGGCUUCUGUACGGGCCACCCACCCCAUCCCAGCUGCUUGUGGCGUUUACUACUUCGAGGUGAAAAUCAUCAGCAAAGGUCGAGAUGGGUACAUGGGUAUUGGCCUGUCGGCUCAGGGUGUAAACAUGAACAGACUCCCUGGUUGGGACAAGCACUCUUAUGGUUACCAUGGUGAUGAUGGCCACUCCUUCUGCUCGUCCGGCACAGGGCAACCAUAUGGACCUACGUUUACAACAGGCGAUGUCAUUGGCUGCUGUGUUAACCUCAUCAAUAACACCUGCUUCUACACAAAGAAUGGUCAUAGCCUGGGUAUUGCCUUUACAGACCUACCACCCAACUUGUAUCCCACUGUGGGCCUGCAGACUCCUGGUGAAGUGGUAGAUGCAAACUUUGGCCAGCACCCUUUCGUGUUUGACAUUGAGGACUACAUGCGGGAGUGGAGGACAAAGAUCCAGGCACAGAUCGACCGUUUCCCCAUUGGAGAGCGUGAGGGCGAGUGGCAGUCCAUGAUUCAGAAGAUGGUUGCUUCCUACCUGGUGCACCACAGUUACUGCGCCACAGCAGAAGCCUUCGCCAAAUCUACUGACCAGGCCGUGCACGAGGAGCUGGCCUCCAUCAAAAACAGACAGAAGAUCCAGAAGUUGGUGUUGUCUGGUCGAAUGGGUGAGGCCAUCGAGACCACUCAGCAGCUCUACCCCAACCUUCUGGAGAGGAACCCUGACCUUCUCUUCAUGCUCAAGGUUAGACAGUUCAUUGAGAUGGUGAACGGGACGGACAGCGAGGUGAGGUGCUUGGGGGGUCGCAGUCCAAAGUCUCAGGACAGCUACCCCGGCUCCCCCCGGGCUUUCAGCAGCCCAAGUCACAAAACCAGCAGCAGUCAGUCGUACCUGACAGGGUAUGACAGUAACUGCUGUAACGGUGUGACAUCUAACAAGAGCCACAGCGCCUCCCUUCACAGUCACAAGCCCUGUCCCCCUGGCUCUGGCUCCACCCUCCCAGCAGGAGACAUCAGCCUGAAUGGGAGUUGCAGCCAACAGCCCAUCACCAGUAACGACAUGGACAUGGAGGUGGACCACUUCACCAACGGAGUGACGGAAUCAUCCUCCAAUGGGUUUCUCAACGGCAGCUCCAAGCAUGCAACCGAGCCUGACGACUGUGAUGCAGACAUGGAAGUCGAGUCGACUCAGUCCAAGAGACAGCUGUGCGGCGGGAGUCAGGCAGCCAUCGAGAGAAUGAUCCACUUCGGCAGGGAGCUCCAGAGCAUGAGUGAACACCUCCGCAGAGAAUGCGGCAAGAACUCUGCAAACAAAAAGAUGCUCAAGGAUGCAUUCAGCCUGUUGGCCUACUCUGACCCCUGGAACAGUCCUGUCGGCCACCAGCUGGACGCCAUUCAGCGAGAGCCAGUCUGCUCCACUCUCAACAGUGCAAUAUUAGAGACUCACAAUCUGCCCAAGCAGCCCCCCCUGGCUCAGGCCGUGGGCCAGGCCGCCCAAUGCCUCGUCAUUAUGGCACGAACUGGCAGCGGCUCUUGUGCAUUUGCCUCUGUGGAUGAUUACCUGCACUAGCCCAGUACCCAAACAAACACGUGUCCGCUCUGAAAACCCCGUCCAGAAGUGGCUCCGCCUGCCCAUUAGCUUAGUCACGCUAGCUGAGGAGAUGCACCUCCGCACGGUAAUAAUUAGUCACCAUUUUACCAUCUCAUGUCCUUCCUGUUCAGCUUAUGCAGAGUGAUGCCAUCUCAGACAUUCGGGGAUCAGGAGUCAGUUCUGGGCAGAGCUUCAGAGUGCAACACACACACACACACACACACACACACACACACACACACACACACACACCUCCCUACCCUUCAUAAAUUAAAUUUAAGCCUCCUCCACCUUGGUUAGCUUCAUAAAUGGCAUCGCUGUCAUUCUGAGCAACAGCAGAGAAGCUAGCUAAGAGUAGCAGAGUACAAAAUACUCAAAAGAGCAAAACCCCCAUCCUGGAUUCCCUGUAAAUCUGGAGACUUGUGCUUCAACCCGGGGCAGACUGACUGUCGAAACCCUGGUUCAAGUAAUGGGGGAAACAAACAAACAAAAAGGCCAACAAGUGGCGGCUGUGGCUGACGACCUGUGACGGCCCCCAUCAAGCCAGUUCACCAGGAAAACACAUCAGCCAGUGGAAACGAAAGCCGCCGAAAACGUCAGCCAAUGCAAGGAUGCUUUACCCCCACCCCCACUCCAAUUAAAGCAAAACAAAAACUUUUGGACAACAGCAGAGAUUUGACGCAUGUGGACUCGGGACUCUGAAGAAGCCAGAGAGAAGCUACAGGCUCAACUCGAUAGUCCCUGUUUUAAUUUUUUGUUUUUCUGUCUUUUUUUUUUAGGUUUUUUGGGCGGAGUGAGGGAAUGAAAAGGUGUAGUUACCUGGCUCUCGUGUUUUGUUUUUAGUUUUUCCCAGGUUUACACUGCAUGACGCAGAUGAUGAUUAUUCUACUUAUGAUUAUAUUGUUACUUGCAUUCACAGUAUAUUUGUUCAGCGCCACCGAGAGCGAGUUUCACCAACGUAUAAAUAAAAGGUCCAAAUUCCACUGAAUACUAGACAAGCGUGUGUACAUGUUAACAUUUAUAUUAACGUAAGAGAAUGGAGUUAUAUCAGAGUGAGAUAUUUAGUUAUCAAACGAGAGGAAAUAAUAAAAAAAAGAAACCUAACGCUUUGUAUGACACCAGUGACCCCCUGAAGCGUUCUGCUUGUUCUUGUCUACACACUUCUUUUUUUUUUUAAACUUCCCCGUUGCCGACAGGGUUUCUAUCAUUUUCCAGGACAAACAUAUUGGGAUUCUUGCACAUUUUUGUGAAAACCAAACUAACGUCGUCCUUAAAACUGAACUUGAGGGCAUCUCGAACGAUAGGUCAUAUUAGCCAUUACCGUGGCUACCCAUGUGACGUCUCUUAAAAACUUUUGUUCUCUCCAAGUACGUUCUUGUGUACAAAUCCAGUUGAUUAUGAGUAAACUUCCAGAUGUAGAGGCAAGUUACCGUGAGAAACUCGCUGCACUGUAGCUUGGGUUGCGACUCCUUGGUGCCACGCUUCUUCGAAAACUUGGUGUGGGUUGGUGGCAGACUGAGCUCUGCCCCCUGCUGGAUAAACUAUUUAACCUCAGGGUGCAACAACACAGCAAGUGUAUGGACAAAUAACACACAGCCACAACUGUAGGUCACAGUGUCAGAAGCACAGCGAGGGGUUCGGGACACAAACAUGCCAUGGUUCAGUGUCUUCAUACGGCACAGAAUCACAAGUUGAGUGACCCAGAGAGAUCUCGAUCAGGGGGCGCGCACCAGGGGCUGAGACGGUGCCGGUUUUCCUUACAACUACCUCCUCAGCAAGUGGUUUUACUGUUGAGUUCCUCCUCUCCUGAACACCUGUGAAAUCACCUGCUGGGGUGGACAGUAUGUAAAACAACCUGCAGUCUUUGUCGUUUAGCCCCCCCCAGAUGUUAGCCACCCUACGAGUAAUCAUGCUGGUGACAAGUGGGAAGGGGAAACUUGAACCUAAGCUGCCAUCAUACUGGCGAUCCUCUGAACAAGUUGUUAAAGUUUAGUGCGACCUCACAGUUCCAAACACACUCCAGAGGUCAGUACACCUUCAGUCAGCAUUCUGAUAUCUAAUCCCUUUAAAGGUUUGGUGCAUUUUUUUUUUUUUUUUCCUCUGAAGUGUUGCUGUUUUCUCUCCAUAUUUAAAGAUAGUCUCUGCUGCAGUGCCAGUGACUGCCUCAAGGUUCUUUACUCAACCUUCAUGUGCACGGCCUGAGUCGGUGCAUUUUUGUGACGUCGUUCUGCGUAUUUGGUUCAAAGUGGUCAUCUUUUGACUUGCUGUAAAAGACAUUUAAAAACCGUACGUAGACCAAUCAUGUUGCUCAGAGUUGUCCUUUUGUGGUAAUGAGGUAAAAAUUGAGAUCUUCGGGAGCACACUUCGGCAUUUCAAGAGGAUACAAGUGCGAGUUAAAAAAAAAAAAAAAAUUUCUAAUAAUUCACCAUCUGCCUGGAGUUUUCCUGGAGCGAGAUCUGCAAAUACGUAGCAUUACAUAAAACUUUUGUUCAGCUCUGACACAAAUAUGAGACAUCCUGUCGUGGAAUUCAUUUCCAUAAUGUGCGUGACUUCCAUUGCUAGCAGUGUGUCUAUCAAAAUCGAUGAAUAUAAACUUUUGCAAAAACUUUAAAAUAAUUUCCAUUUAAGUUAUGACACUGGACAGCGCCCAUGCUAGCUAGCUAGCUACCGCAGCCUGUACACUGGCCAUCUAUGCCAGUUUUGUUAGUUACAUAAUAUAACUGCAGUCAUAUGGUUUAUAAUUUGCUCCAAACUCAAGUAAUACAAGUCAUGAUGUCAGAGUCUCUUAUCACCACCCAUUUUUCCCGAGACGCUUGAUGCCACUGGAUAACGUGACCACAACAGUAAAGACGCUCACUGACCAGGAAGAGGGGCAGGAUUUGUUUUUGUUUUUUUUAAUCGAUUUGGGGUCUUUGUGUCAAUGAGUUUCCUCCUUAAUGUGCAAAGGAAGAGAAAAACGUUGAGCCAAUCACAAAGGGAAGCACGUCAGAAUGACAUCACAGCUACAUAUUUACCUCUGUCGUGUUUGCCGCUCCAAACAGGAACACGAGUGCCAUCUUCAUCCAGUUUUCCCAGGGGAAGAAGUUUUUCUGUACCUAAGUUUGUGACAGCCAGCAGUCGCUGCGUCGUUUCGAAAACAGUGUCUGUUGUCUCCGAGUGCGGUCUGAACCUCUGCAUGCUGUAGUGACGUGGUGGUAAGAUCCAGCUAGAUGUCUCUGAUUUUGACUCUCUGCUUUUCCUUCUUUUAGCCACUUAAUGGUGUAUAAGGAAGUUGUCCACUGCUGACUGUGUCCAUUUGGAGAGAAAAAAAUGUGCAAUUUGUGUGAGGGUGAAAAGAUUUAUAUUAAAAAUGUAAAAUGAGA